GCUUGGAGCUCGCAUUUCUCUACAGCACGCACAAUGUUAUCACGACCAGCAGCAAGUGCCUUGAAGGCUACUCCAAUCUUCCGAGCAGGUGCCAGACGAUGUGUCUCGUCGCUUGGACACGCCAGAACUCGACCUCACAUCACCUUCAAUGCCCGGACAUCACACCGAUGGCAGCAAUCUCGCGGUAAAGCUUCCUUUACUCGAGGUGCUAAAGAGCUUUGGGCCGCCCAUCCGUAUCUCGUCUCAUUAGCAGGCGCCGCCAUCCUCGCCGGCUCUGCCGGUAUAGCCUACGCCAACUAUCUUUAUUCGACCUACAUUAUCGCCUCGUUCCACAACUACCCAGAGCCUGUUGCACAAAAACUGCGGAGGGCCAUCUACUAUACGAACAUCGACCUCGACGCGAAAAAUGCCCUCAAGUACUACAAGCAGGGUCUUGAGAUCGCCAAUGAGCUCGGCAUGGAUCCCUUCUCCAACGAGAUCAUUGGCGUCAAGAUUCAGGUUUCUGCUCUCAUGGAGAAGAUCCAGAACUACCCCAAGGCCAUUCAAGUCCUCGAGAUCCUGAGAAACGACUGCCUGGCUUGGGAGGAGAAGUUCGGCCAGCUUGACGAUCACAAGGAGAAGCGCACGCGCAUCAUGAAGCAGCUCGUUGCCAUGUCCGUCAAGCUCGGCGACCUUUACUCCAACCAAUAUAUCCAAGACGCCAAGUCCGCCGAAGAGAGACUGGUUUGGGCUCUGGAAACAUCGCUGCGCGAGAAGCAACGUAGACAAGAGCCUGGAGUUUUGGAAAAGGAGGGUGAGUGGAUGUCAGACAACGAGAUGGGCGCAUCCAUGGAGGCCCUCGCACACAACUACGAAGAGCAAAACAAGCACUAUUUGGCUACACCUCUCUUCCUCCAGGCUUUGAACUUCAAGUCUGACAAAGAUUGUCACUCGGUCAUCCUGAUGAAUAAUCUUGCCAUCUCAAUCGCUCAGCAGAACCCUCCUCCAAAUUCAGAGACAAAAUCUCCAUCACAGGCUGUUCUAUUAAAGAAUGCCAAACAGUGGGCUCAAAAAGCUCUCGAUCUUGCUGCCGACAUUGAGCCACCCACUCGCGAUGAGGAGUGCGACGUAGGUUGUGCUGUCGCAUUGCAUAACCUUGGUGAGUUCGCCGAGUUGAACAAAGACAUCAUGGAGGCGAAGAAGCGCUACAAGGAAGCAGUCAGCCUUGCGAGAGCCAUUGGCUUCGAGGAUGGCCUCGAGAACAGUUCCGCUGCUCUCAGACGACUGUCGUAGAUUCAUGCUUAUUCGCGCUCUUACACUCCACUUCGAUACCCUGCGUUGCGAGAAUAUGAAGAAAAAUAAACCAUUGUACAUAUACUUCGAAGUCAUGAUGCUGGGUAGGGCCAUGAAUCGUUUACAUCUAACAGCGAAU